CCGCCUGUGCUGUCCCCGGGGCCCCUCCUGGUAUCUCUAGCAGCAAAUCUCCACCUACUGCACUCAGAGCCUCUGGCAGCUGCAGCAGGUCUUCUAGGUGGGCUCUCAGACCCGGACCCGGGGACCUCUGAGGGUAGGGGAGACACUUAGCACUGGGACCCUUGAAGGGUCUGCUGCCCAACUGGGUGGCCAAAGACUCACUGCCAGGAACCUCUGCGAUUUGUAAGAGGACCCAACGUCGAAGAAGGUCAGCGCCAAGAAGUGUGGGGAGAAAAGUCCUCCCGGUUCCCAGGCUCCAGGGAUCUCCGGACUCGGUGACCUGCGGGGACCCCAGCACUUCCUCCAGGACCACCUGCGGGCGGCGGUGGAUGGAGUCCUGCAACUCUGCUCCCCCUGGUCGUGAGCUUGGAGCAGCAGCGGGGAUAGCAUCUCACAGACUAGGACAUGAAGGGCGCAGUGUUGGACCUUGGGUCUCUCUUUGCCAGAAUCUUCAAGACUUCGACGGCGCCCCCCGCGGCCCCCUCACCCGUGGCCUCCUCCGGGCAGCAGGGAGGAGCUGCAACUGCGGGGCAGAUGGGCACCUCUCUCAGCACCGCCCGGACUCUCACCCUUUUCCCCGCCUUGGCUCCAGAUUCACCCUCCGCCUUGCGGGGGACGCCCACCUCGCUGCAUCCUGAGCCAGCUCCCUUGCACCCUUUGCUUGCUGCCUCCUACCCCAGGGUGUCCGUGCUGAGCCACAAGGCAGAAACCCGGGGGACUGCCCUCUCGCUGCCCGGUAGCCCCAGAACAGCCAAAUUCCAGCCUCUCCCCCUGCCCUCUGCCCCCUCCAGUGUUGGCUGCAGCGCGGCGAACUCUCCCGCGCACCUGGUGGCCUUGGGGCGGCCGCCGGCUCCGGGUGGAGUCUGGCCCACGCUGCCUUUGAUCGGGGGCGCUUCUGGCUGCGGUAGCAGCAGCAACAACAACAGUUUAUCCGGAAGCCCGCGGAACCCCCGCCAGCCUGGUCCCGGGGAACGAGAACCCAGCACUUGGGUGCCCCCUGGGUUGGGCCCCAAGACCCUGUUGUUCACCCUUCCUGACAUAGGCGAGGAGUGGGCCUCAGACUCAGAGGAUGGCGAAGAAGGCGACUCGGAUGGCGAAGAAGUAAAAGGACUAUCAGAAGAAUCUGGAAAACCAAAUUUUACUGCAAAAGGCAAAGAACCUUUACCUACACAUUUUACAAGAAAUGUGCAGAAAGCUAUUGAUAAAUAUACCUGUGAAUCUGUGUCAUCGCUUUCAAGUGGAAGCUCCACACCCACAGAGGCCCAUAACUCUUGGUCUGGGAUGCAGAGUUCUACCACCGGUUUAUCAACUGAGAGGAGCUCCAUUUACUCUUGGCGAGAUGAUGAGUUUGAUAAAGUCAAUGCACAGAAAGUACAGCAGUUAUUCUGGGAGGUGGAGGAAAUGCUAUUUGAAGAGAAAGUAAGCCCUCAGACCCAGAAUCUACUAACUGAAUGCAACGAGUGGGCAAGAAGAUCCCUCCAUUUGAGAGUUUUAGGAAGACAACUCAUCCUGCCAACUGAUGAAGGGUUCCAGCAUUUCCAGGGCACUGAACCUAGUUCUGUAGCUCACGGACCCUUCAUUGAUACCUGUGAAAGCAAGAGUAACAUCAGAGAGUUGUGCAUCUCUGGCUCUCACGUGGUCCCCUUAGCCAUUCCAGCCUCUGCUCAUCUAGACCCUGGCUGUUCAGGGGACACUGACCUACCCGAAUGUCCUUCUCUAGAAGAAGAGGUUUAUGAUGCUGACGGCAAGAUUGAAGAAUAUUUUGCUUUUGACAGAAAAGAAGAGGAGGAUGACUGCUUUGAACAAAAAUCAGUUCGACAUCGUAAGAUGUGGAAUAAACAUGGAGUCCCUCCUGUUACCCCUCAUGAAUGUAUCAAAGACGCUGUAGCAGCAGAAGCAUUUGAUCACGCCUGGACAAAUGUGGUGGAAAUAUUGCAAGAGCUGAUUAGAAAAAGCCGGGAAAUUACCCUCACGGGGAAGAAACAGAAAGAAAAAUUGAAAGCAACUGAGACUAAGUCUUCACAUGUGCUCACUUCUCGUGUUAAUACCUCUGAUGCAUCAAGUGUUCCCCCAUCCAGAAGUUCAGAAACUCGAAGUAUAUCCCUAGCUACUCAUCUCAAUCCGCCUCAGAUUCACCGUUUCUCCAACAAUUUCUGUAAUGAUUUGAAUGGUGUGAUGACAAUUCAAGCAAAACCACUUCAGCAGAGGCCUACCUAUUUUUCAGAAAGAACACAGAAUGAGCAAGAAGACAAAUCCUUGAGUGUGGGGACCAGUGCUCUUUCCUCAGCGCGACAUCACCUGGGACGAAUCUCUGAUAGCCGAGGUCUACAGACUUCUUCAAGGAAAACACCAGGACAUAGGAGGCUGCCUUCUCUGACUUCAGACUCACAGAGACUAAAAACCCCUAAUGUGUACAGUGAUGAAGUGCUGAGGGGGACAAAACUACAGACUGGCAUAGACCUCAUAUCUUCCCCAUCAGUUCAAGCCUCACGGAGCAGGCUACCUCCAAUAGGCUCAGAGACUGGUGAGCAGAGUACAGCGGUUCCUGGAUCUCGUCCUGUUUCUUACAGAGGAAGGUAUUCACAAAGCCGUGUGUUAAGUGCAAUUCCUGACAGUAUAGAACGGUCACCAUUUCGAGAAAGAACUUUUGCCAUGGAACAGUUUUCAAGGCCAAGCACAACCCAUACAUUUCGAUCAGAUGAUACACCCCGAAAAGGUUCCUUGGCAUUAAUGGAUUUUGCUCAGCACACAUGGACAGGUCAAGGUUUUUUAACAGGUUCACAAUAUCAGCCCAAGUCUUUUCAGAGGACAACUUUGACUUCCAGAAAGAGAUUCCAAGUGGCAUCAUGAUAAUUCUUCUCCAGAACUGCAGCACUUGGAACACUCAGAGCCUCAAUACACCAUUUACCACUUUAUAAAAGUAUUAUUUUGUGCAUGUGUUUGUCUGAAUUCUGAAAUGUGAGGAUAUCUGAGAGAAAGGCAGACAAAUAAACUUACUUUUGAACAUUCUA